GGAGUGUUAGAAAUGCAAAUUCUCAGCAGGGGUCUUAACUGGAGCGAACUGAUUCCAAGUCCUGUUCUCAACCUAUUUAUGCUGUGCUCCUGUUCCUACUCUAACAAAUUACUUCCCAUUUUCCAUAUAAACAGUAUACUUUUCCAUCUUACUGUCAGUGAUCAUGACCAGAAACUUCUUUCCUAGCUCCUAGUCCCUCCCACCUACCACCCCCACCUCUGCCAAUGUAAUGCCACCCAGGCCAUUCAAGACCUGGCUGAAACGUUGCCUUCUCCAGUAAACUCUCUCCACUUUUCCAGUUGGAAUUAAUCUUGCUUUUGUGUUCCCAUGGCACAACCUUAUCGUAGUCAUCACCUAUGCUUUGUAUAAUAGGUAUAGUUAUUAUAACGCUGCAGUUAGAAGUUAUAAUUGUAUCAAAUACCAAGUUAAAAUGAAUUUAUAAACUGAUGAACCUAUUUAUGAACAAAUGAACCCCCUGAAUUUUUUAUUUUUUGAAGCAGUGGAGGUUUCUACAGUUUACAAACUGUAUUUUAAAGAAAAUAACAUUUUAAAAGUUCUUAAGUAAAUUCCCUAUUUGUAAUAUAGGGAAAUUUUAUUCCAUUCUAGAGCUUGAACAAAAGAGAAUUCCAAAGCAUGAAACCGCUUUAGACUUUAUGAACAAUUGUAAUACAAGACAAAUAGUACAUAGUACAUUAGUUUAUAAAGAAUUUUUAUAUUUCCUGAUUCUUACAACCUUGUAAUAUAGGCAGAGAUUAUAUAUUUUAUUGAUGAGUUAACCAGCUCAAAGAGUUUAGGGGAUUUGCCCAAGAUCAAACCAGGAUUUGAGCCCAAGUUUUCUGAAUCUAAGUAAAGGAAGGACUCAGAAUACCGUGAUGCUCAGAAGAUUUUUCUGACAUCAGAAAGAAUAAUUUCUAACUGAUUUUUUUACCUAAAAAUUUUCUUUUGUUCUGAAUUGUAAACAUCAAGCUUCUCUUGAGACUUUAAACAUUGACUUCUUUGUAAAAUCUUCAGCUUUUUUCCUCCCAUUCUGACAAUAAAGUUCGGCAAGUAAUUUCUUAGAAGCAUACCAAUAUUUUGCAAAUGCCACUAUGCACAUGUUUUUAAUGAUGGCUGUUUAGAUUUGUUAGCUUUUAUAAAUGAUGAAAAUGUGGUUUAUUUGAGGCUGUAUUGAGAAUUAUACCUGAUGAAUUUUUCCUGAAGAUAAAAGAACAUUGAGGAUGAUUUAGCUAACACAGUUUAUGAUUCUCAAGAGAAAUGUGCUUUAGACUUUUAUAAAAUACUUUUAGGUGAAUUUCCCCAAACGUACAUGAAGUAAGAUUUAAAUUCAUUGCUAUUUGAUAGUAAAUCCUGGCUUCCAUGGGGAUUUUGAAUAAUUGUUUUCUACUAGGUAUAUUUGAUUAAAACAACUGCCCUAAUACAGAGAAUUUCAUCUGAUCCCAUUAUGGUAAAGGAAAUCCUCUCUUAGUUAAGAAUUUCACAUGUAGAAAAACACACUGGGCUUCAUGUUUGAUAGCACAUUAAGCACCAAAGUUACCACAUGGCUGUCAUUUAUAUUAAGUACUUAAUAUGUGCCAACCACUAUCCUUAGCAUUUUCUAUAUAUUAACUAAUUUGAUCUUCACAACAGCUCUACCAUGAGUUAGCUUUACUUUUCCUAUACCAUUUUAUAAACAAAAGAGACAUAGUAAGUGGUUAUAGUGAAAGAUUUUCAAAUUCCUCUUCAAGGAGGGAAAUUUGCAAGACAGGGCUUUAUUACAAAGACAGAUAGUUCCAGGAAAAUAAAAUUUUGUUCUGUCUUCUGGCAUUUGAUGCUUAUACAUCUUAAGCCAUAGAAGAAUUAAAACACAUGUGAAUCAGAUUCAGAAAAGUUGUAUAAACUCAGUGAAUUAUAUAUGAACAUAUUCUUAAGUAGACUGCUUGUAAAAGGCAAAGAGUGUUAGUAAAGAGCUUAGCUAGCUAGAUUAAAGAAAUUGUCUCUGCCCAUCUGUUCUAAUUAGCUUACCUCUCCCGCUUUCAUAGCAUGUUGAUUAUUUCAGGAAAGAAGUGAGAGCUACCUUUGAAAGGACACCAUUUUUAUCUAAGCUAAUUUAUAACGGUUUUCUAUUUACAAAAAACUUUUGAAUGCUAGAAUUUUCCUGUAACAAUUUGUUAUAGGAAGUUUCAAGGCUUUGGGUGCCCAAUUAAGGAUUUUGUCCUCUUCAUUCCUUUGGUUUUAGCCCAAAUGAUUAUGUUUCCUCUUUUUGGAAAGACUUUUCUGGGUAUUUUGAUAUUUGUCCUGAUAAAAGGAAACCUAUCAUUAACAGCACAAACCUUAUCUUUUGAGGAGAUCCAAGAACCCAAGAGUUCAUUUUCUUUUCUCCUCACGGACUCGGAAUCCACAGAUCCUUCUCUAUCUACUGAAAAGAAACAACCUCUGGACCACAGAGAAGCUGAGAGACAGUGGUUGCUCAGAAGAAAGAGAUCUCUGUUUCCUAACGGAGUAAAAAUCUGUCCAGAUGAAAGUGUUGCAGAGGCUGUGGCAAAUCACGUGAAAUAUUUUAAAGUCCGAGUGUGUCAGGAAGCUGUCUGGGAAGCCUAUAGGACUUUUUGGGAUCGACUUCCUGGGCGUGAGGAAUAUCGUCACUGGAUGAAUUUGUGUGAGGAUGGAAUCAUGAGUAUAUUUGAAAUGGGUACAAAUUUUAGUCAGUCUGUGGAACAUCGAAGCUUAAUCAUGAAGAAACUGGCCUACACAAAGGAAACUGUAAGCAGCCCUGAAUUGUCAUCUCCAGUUCCUGUGGAAGAUACCUCAACAUUGGGAGGUGCUGCUUUCAGUGUUCCAUAUCCAGGAUUGGCUUCCUAUGACGGUGUCUCAGAGAGCAGCCUGGAGAGGCUUGAGGAGAGUAUUAGCAACGAGAUUGAGAACGUGGUAGAGGAACCCACCAAACCGGCAGCUGAGCAGAUUGCAGAAUUCAGCAUCCACCUCUUGGGGAAGCAGUACAGGGAAGAACUGCAAGAUCCCUCCAGCUCCCACUACCAGCACCUUGUAGAAGAGUUUAUUUCAGAGGUAGAAAAUUCCUUUACUGGGUUACCAGGCUAUAAGGACAUCCGUGUGCUUGAAUUUAGGUCCCCCAAGGAAAAUGGCAGUGGCGUAGAUGUUCAUUACGGAGUUACCUUCAAUGGUGAGGCCAUCAGCAAUACCACCUGGGACCUAAUUAGCCUUCACUCCAACAAAGUGGAAAACCAUGGCCUUGUGGAAUUGGAUGAUAAGCCCACUGCUGUUUAUACGAUUAGUAACUUCAGAGAUUAUAUCGCUGAGACACUGCACCAGAGCUUUUUGUGGGGGAACUCUUCCUUGAAUCCAGAUCCUGAUUCCCUUCAGCUUAUCAAUGUGAGAGAAGUUUUGCUUCCCCAAACUGAAGACCCAGUUUGGAACACCCAAAGUUCAAGUGUUCAGGCAACCACACCAUCUAUUCUGGAUAAUACCCUUCAAGCUGAAUGGCCCUCAGCAGACGAAUCCACCAGCAGCAGCAUUUCAUCACUUGAUUUCAGCUCUAGUCCUCCCUCCACCACUGGCAGGGGACUCUGGUCAGAAAGCCCUUUGGGUGAUAUGGUGUCUACACCCAAAUUAACCUUUCCCUUGAAGGUGGACCUCAGUUCUUCCCCAGAUUUUUUAGAGGUUAGCAGCUUGACUCUUCAUUCUGUCACCUCAGCAGUCCUUCAGACUGACUUUCCUGUGGCUUCUAAGGAAAGGACUUCUGCAUCUCACUUACUAGAAGAAGGAUUAACUAAUGUUGAAGGGUCAGAAGAUUAUCUUUCUGCUGAUCCAUUGCCUUCAAGCCCAUUCACUCAUCAUGUGCCAAAAGAAACAAUACCACCCACUGAAGACUCUGAGGUGGUUUUGACAUCCUCACCAGAUCUGGCCUCCCGUGCCACAUUAGAUCUUCUUGGUAAAGAAAUAACUACACCCUUUGGCUUGGACUCUGUGGCCUCCAAAGUCAAAGACCAAUUAGAAGUGAGCACUUUGCUGCCAGAUACAUACCUGGAAAAAGAAUUUAUAUUUGAGAGUGGUUUAGGUUCAGGAUCUGGGCAAGAGGUAGAUCUGAUUACUUGGCCAUGGAAUGAGACUUUAUUAGAGAAGACGACUGAACCACUGUCCAAAUCAUGGCUUGAAGAUGAAGAUUCAUUUUUGCCAACUGGGGGUAUAGAUGAGAAACUAGUUAUAGAUGACAAAAUGGAUUCAACAGACCAAAUUAUUACGCAUCCUUCAAAAGAUGGGCAAGAUGAUAGAUCCACAAACUUUAUAGAAGAAGAGCCCCUUGGAGGACCUACUAUGCCUGUCUUUGGAGAGACCACAGCCCAAUCUGUAUCUCUAAUUCUCUCCAAGAACACAUCAGAGGUACCUGAAACUGAUUAUUACUCAGUUACCAAAACACCUCUUCUAUUGGCAUCUACAGAAAUCUCUGCCUCUACUGAUAAACUAGAUCAAAUAGACUCUUUCCUAAUGGAGGAUAUGGAACAGACUUCAGAGUCAUCCAGCCAUCAAUGGUCUGAAAGCAAGGUUUCAACAGUAAAGUUAGACAUGCAAUCUUUGUGGACCAUAUUGCCAGAAUCAGAUGCAGUUUGGGCAAGAAGUUCUUUUCUAGGGAAAUUGUCCAGAGACACAUUGACAAGUACAACAGAGAGCACUGGCAAGCUGUGGUCAACCACAAGCUCCACCCAGCUGGAGGAUGAAGUAAUUAUGGGUGUACAGGAUAUUUCAUUAGAACUGGACCGGGUAGGCACGGAUUACUAUCAGCCUGAGCUAACCCAUGAGGAAAAUGGCAGGAUUGGCAGUUAUGUGGAAAUGUCUACAAAUGUUCAGUCCACAGAAAUGGCUAUUGUGACUCAGCCCACAAAAGGAGGUGACUUGAGUCAUACUCAGACAGCAGGAGCUUUGGUGGUUUUCUUCAGCCUCCGAGUGACUAACAUGAUGUUUUCAGAAGAUCUGUUUAAUAAAAACUCUUUGGAAUAUAAAGCCCUGGAGCAAAGAUUCUUAGAAUUGCUGGUGCCCUAUCUUCAGUCAAAUCUCACAGGAUUCCAGAACUUGGAAAUCCUGAACUUCAGAAAUGGCAGCAUUGUGGUGAACAGCCGAAUGAAGUUUGCCAAAUCUGUACCUGCUGAUGUCAACAAUGCCGUAUACAUGAUUCUGGAAGACUUUUGCACCACUGCCUACCAAACUAUGAACUUGGCUAUUGAUAAAUACUCCCUUGAUGUAGAAUCAGGCGAUCAAGCCAAUCCUUGCAAGUUUGAGGCCUGCAAUGAAUUUUCUGAGUGUCUGGUCAACCUCUGGAGUGGAGAAGCAGAGUGCAGAUGCCUCCCUGGGUACCUGAGUGUGGAAGAACUGCCCUGUCAGAGUCUCUGUGACCUACAGCCUGACUUCUGCUUGAACGAUGGAAAGUGUGACAUUAUGCCUGGGCAUGGGGCCAUUUGUAGAUGCCGGGUGGGUGAGAACUGGUGGUAUCGAGGUGAGCACUGUGAGGAGUUUGUGUCAGAGCCCUUGGUGAUUGGCAUCACCAUUGCCUCCGUGGUUGGACUGCUCCUCGUCUGUUCUGCUGUCAUCCUCUUCCUUGUCAAGACUCUUCAAGCUCAAUAUGCUAGGAGCGAAAGAGAAAUGACUUUCAGUGGUUCCAGCGGGCCGCCCGACAGCCUCUCAUCCAUUGAGAAUGCUGUGAAGUACAACCCCGUGUAUGGAAGCCACACAGCUGGAUGCGAGCAGUACGAGGGACCCUAUCCCCAGCGUCGCUUCUACAACUCUGAUAGCGGAGAAGUGAUUGGUGGUGUGAGCAGGGAAGAAAUCAGGUGGAUGUAUGAGAGCAGCGAGCUUUCCAGAGAGGAAAUUCAGGAAAGAAUGAGAAUUUUGGAACUGUAUGCCAAUGAUCCUGAGUUUGCAGCUUUUGUGAGAGAACAUCAAAUAAGAAAGUUUAUUAGAAUUUGCAGAGGAAACAAAAGAAUAUACAAACAAGGGAAGAGCUUUAACCAAAAACUCCUAUUUUGAAACUGAUUGGAAGCCUU